UCGUCCACAUCUUGACAUUUAUUUGCGCUUGCGCAGUCCUGUGAGUCUGACCUUCAUUGAAGUAAUUAUGUUCGCCAGGACCAGCGCGUUGGUGUUCCUCCCACAAUGUGGGCAGGUCAGGAACAUGGUUACCUUGAAGGACAUCACCAUCCGUUUGAAGUCCAUCAAGAACAUCCAAAAGAUCACCAAGUCCAUGAAGAUGGUGGCCGCUGCUAAGUAUGCCCGCGCUGAGAGGCAGCUGAAGCCCGCCCGCGUCUAUGGAAGUGGUGCUGUGGCCCUGUACGAGAAGGCUGAGAUCAAGGCCCCGGAGGGAGUGGCCAACAAGCACCUCCUGAUCGGUGUGUCGUCUGACCGUGGUCUCUGUGGCGCCGUCCAUUCCAACGUGGCCAAGGCCAUCAAGGCCAAGAUUGCAAACCUCACCGGCGAGGGCAAGGAGGUGAUGGUAGUCAAUGUGGGGGACAAGCUGAGGAACAUCCUGCAAAGGACACAUGGCAAUUACCUGCUGCUCAGCUGCAAAGAGGUGGGCCGCAAGCCCCCCACCUUUACCGAUGCUUCCAUCGUCGCCACAGAGCUGCUCAACAUGGGCUACGAGUUUGACCAGGGUGCUGUCAUCUACAACAGAUUCAGGUCUGUGAUCUCCUACAAGACUGAUGAAAAGCCCAUCUUCUCCAUUGAUACUGUUGCUAAUUCAGAGAACAUGGGCAUCUAUGAUGACAUUGAUGCUGACGUGCUGAGGAACUACCAGGAGUUUGCCCUGGUCAACAUUAUCUACUUUGGCAUGAAGGAGUCCACAACCAGCGAGCAGAGUGCCAGGAUGACCGCUAUGGACAGCGCCAGCAAGAACGCCUCUGAGAUGAUUGACAAGCUGACCCUCACCUUCAACCGUACCAGGCAGGCUGUCAUCACCAAGGAGCUCAUUGAGAUCAUCUCUGGAGCUGCUGCCCUAUAAAUGGACGAGGUCCUCCUGCCAUCCAUCGCCAGUGGUUCUGGCAUACAUGCUUCUAAGUACUUCAACCGGCUGUCGUCGAGAGUUUAUGAACAUUUGUGCUUCUAUUUGUAAAAAAAUAUGGGGGAAAAAAUAAACCUCUUACAGAGAAACAUGUCCCCUUCAGAUGUCCUCCUAGUUCUACUCACAAUAAAUCCUACUUGUGACCAUGAAAAA